AUGGCGAACGAAGGCGCCCGGGAGCGUGAGGUGCACCGAUUCUAUCUGCCAUGGCUUGAGACGUUCCAUGCUACCUCUACUCCGGCGACCAUCGAGAAAAAUCACAAAAUACCGCGCGAAGAUGAUCAUAUCCCUCAAUCUUCCCAAGAUCGUGCCCUGACUGCCUUUGCACAACUGGGCGCGCUGAGACUGAAUGCAAAACGAUGCGUCGUUACCUUGAUAGACAAUGCUACGCAAUAUGUUCUUGCCGAGGCGACAAAGUCAUUGUCCUUGAUGGAUGACCUCUGUCACGAGGUCGGGGACGAGCUUUGGCUAGGCAACUCCCGCAUACCACGCGGACAAGGCGUCUCGGAAGAUGCACUGUUCCCUAAAGAGUACACCGCAAAAGGACCUAAUAAUGAAGAGCUGCGUGCCCCGGCCCUCGUUAUUGGAGAUCUUGCCAAACACCCUCGCUAUGCAGACAAGAAAUAUGCGGGUACUGGUGGCAUCAACUUCUACGCUGGCGUCCCUAUUACUACUAACCGCGGCCAUACGAUAGGCGUAUACACCAUUGUCGACGACAAGCCACGUGAAGGUCUCAACACCGAGCAGUUGCGAUUUAUGCUCGAUAUGGCCGUCAUUGUGCUUCAACACUUAGAGAGUAUUCGCAAUGAGAGAGCCCGAGCGCGUGGGGAGCGACUGAUUCAGGGUAUCGGAACUUUCAUUGAAGGUGAUCCGAUCGAUGCCAAUCUCUCAAUCGAAUCUCCUGGACCCAAUAUCAUGCCUGAUCCGCUCGCUGCCGCGGGAACGCGGCGGCAGCGGCCAAAGUCUAGGGCAGAUAGAGAUUCUAGUGGUACCUUCAAGGGUCUCACUAUUGCGGAUGCAAAUACUGUUGGAAGAGAGCAAUAUGAUUCGCAAGAGCUAGGGCAGAAGGAAGCGUCUUCACAACGAAGCAUUCUACCACCAGCAGCCAAAGAGCCAGUCGAGUCACACCAGAACCCAUACAAGGCCACUCAAAAACCGAAGUCACAGCAUGCGAUGGUCUUUGAUCGCGCAGCCAAAAUCAUGCGCAAAUGCCUAGGCGCUGACGGCGUGGUAUUUCUUGAUGCGAGCCCCGCCAAUCUGAGCAAAGGAACAGCCAGACGGGAAAGCACCCAAACCCCAGAUGCUACAGGCGCUUAUCACUCUCAGGAGAAAAAGGGCAAUACGAAACCUAAAACGCAGAGUGCGGUCACGCCUGAGCAUGAGCUGGAGACGCCCUCCGCAACGUAUACAGCAGAUCCUAUGGAGACAUCGCAACAGAGAUCGCAACCCUGUGAAGUCAUUGCAUUGUCCAUACGCGAAAUUGAAGCAGAGAUUUCGUUCAAUUUGAAUGAACACGAUCUUCGCAAGCUUGUCCGGCGACAUCCACAGGGCAAGUGCUACUCCUUUGAGGCAGAUGGAAAACCCGCUUUCAGUGACGAUAGCGCGUCAGAAGGGCUUGUGCAUGUCGAUGGACCCUACGCCGAUGGAUUUGUCGACCGAGAUGAGGAUAAGAGCAAGCGAAAAGGCAUCAAGAAGAAUGCUUUGAGCGCUCUUUGGGGUGCACUGCCCAAGGCACGCACAGUCGUGUUUCUUCCAUUAUGGGACUUUUCCAAUCAACGUUGGAAUGCUGCCGCGGUCAUGUGGUCCUCGAGCCCCGUGAAGUUGAUGAAUGUUGGCCAAGAUUUCUCUUACCUACGAGCAUUCGCCAACAGUGUAAUGAACGAGAUCGCACGCCUCAACUUGUCUGUAUCCGAUGCAGCAAAGGCGACGUUCCUGGCCAAUAUUUCCCACGAGCUACGGAGCCCACUGCACGGGAUCCUAGGUAGCAUAGAGUUUCUCCACGACACGGCAUUGGACGACUUCCAGUCAAGCAUGGUCAUCAGUGUUGAAACAUGUGGCAAGACUCUGCUAGACACAGUCGAGCACGUCCUGGACUUCGCCAAGCUCAACAAUCUCUCCAAGCAAGGCGGUAAACGUAAGGGAUCGUCGUCUGCAUCCACACCAACGCCUGAACCCACCAUCACUGGCACCUUCGAUCUUGCCGUUGUGGUUGAAGAGGCUGUGGAAGCGGUUUAUGCUGGCCAAGUAUUCCGAACCGCCAAGCACGAUGUCGCUGAAGGUAACGGCGUUGGGUCUUCAUUAUCAGACAAGGCUAUGGCGGCAAGACGGCUGACGAAGGAUCAAAUUGCGACAGGCAAAGACGCCGUGUUCUCACCGGUGCACUUGACGCUGAACAUUGAUAACGGGGUCAACUGGCACGUCACUUCUCAAUCUGGUGCAGUCCGAAGAAUAGUGAUGAACCUUCUGGGCAAUUCUCUCAAAUAUACUGAGAAGGGCUCCAUCAAUGUCACCUUGGAGAUGGACACUUCUCGCAUGCACGAUAAGGAUGGAGGACUAUUACACUCAUGCAUAACGGUCACAGAUACUGGGAAAGGUAUGUCGGACGAUUUCGUCCGUAAUCAUGCUUUUACCGCGUUCAGCCAAGAGGAUUCCCUCGCCGCGGGCACCGGCCUUGGGCUGUCCAUAAUUCGCUCUAUUGUGGACAGCCUGGGCGGUAAGAUCGAUUUGCGCAGUCAAAAAGACCGGGGGACAGAAGUGAAGAUCUGGCUCAGUCUCCCUGCUGCCGACGACCCCGAUAUAGGCCAGCCGGAGAAGAGCACACUUCGCCAGAUGAGCGAGCGAACGGCCUCAAUGUCGUUCUGCCUGCUCGAUCCACGGCUGCCUGUGCAAGGCCAACAGAAGGCAGUGGCAUCUUUGCGAGAAAUGCCAACGGUCGAAGAUUCCCUUAAACGUCUUCUGGCUCAGUGGUUUUCGCGCGAUGUCUCCACCGCGACUAACAUAGAGCAGGCCAGGAAAAUGGAUUUUAUCAUUUAUGCUGAACCCCCGUCAAUAGAGUACUUAACCGACCAGCAUAAGGACGAGGAUGAAGCGGGUGAAACCCCGAUCAUCAUCUUUUGUCAGAAUGCCUUCCAUGCGAGUUCCUUGCGCAUUAGCGGCGUUCAGCAGCUGACAGAGAUUGGUAUAAUUAUCGAAGUCAUCGCGCAACCAGUUGGUCCGCAGAAGCUUGCUAGGGUACUUCAGCGAUGCAUGCAGCGGAUGAAGAUUCUGGACAGCUCGAACGAGGCCCAUUCCAGCGAACAGUCCACUGCUACACUAAGAAGGAAUGAUCCCAUUAGCCAGUCGGGCGACCGCGUUCGACAUGAUCACCGCAAGCGAACAUCGAGCAUCUCCUACUAUACCCCCCCUGUCGUCAGUCGACAACAGAGUGACAGUGGUGAAAAGCCCCGCCGCCCACAACCGGGCAGGGCCCAUAGUGAAACUGCUUACUACACCCAAACCUCGAGAUCGCGUCUACAACAGACUGACCAUCCGGCCGCCACCCUACAUCAGCCUCCACAGCAUGCUGUCGACACGUCACUUCCUGGCGUGCUUGUCGUGGACGACAACCAAAUCAACCUGCAACUAAUGGUGACCUUCGUCCAUAGGACCCGCCACCCGUAUGAAUCCGCCACUGAUGGCACGCAGGCCCUAGAAGCAUACAGGAAGGCCUGCGUUGACCCCUCCAGCGGCAAGGUCGACAAGGCCGCGCCGAAACGCCCAAAGUAUAUACUGAUGGACAUUAACAUGCCAAACAUGGAUGGAAGCACCGCGACGAGAGAAAUUCGCAAGUUUGAGAAAGAGAACCACAUCGAGCCGCCCGUCAAGAUCUUCGCACUGACAGGUUUGGGGGAGCUGGAGCAUCCGUGGGCGAAGGAGGCCGGCUUUGAUCGCUUGCUCAGCAAGCCCAUCAAAUUCAAAGACCUGAGGGAGCUACUGCUGUAA